AAUAUUUAAUUGGCUAUCACACGCAGUUUGCAACAAUAUUAUGACGUGCAACAAGAUCACUGGGAAGAACAACACUCUAUCAAAUUAACAAUGUCCUUGUCCCAUUCCUCAUAAAACUAACCCCCAAAUCAUAUAUAUAUACAAUCAUUCUUCUAAUUAAUCAUCAUCAAAAAUCUACAUCCAACAAAUAAUCCUGUUGCGAUCUUCAUCUUUUUCCUCUAAUACAAAUUCCACUGAAUUAUUUAUUGUAAAGGUGACACAAAUUUUGAUCUGUUACAAUGCGUUUCUCGUCGAAGAAUUUGGCAUUGUACCUUCUUCUCCUCUUUGUUUCAGAAUUUUUGCUAGGAGUAACAGUAGCAGCAGAUGAUCAAACAGUAAAAGGAACAGUGAUUGGAAUAGAUUUGGGAACAACAUAUUCAUGUGUUGGUGUUUAUAAAGAUGGUCAUGUUGAAAUCAUAGCCAAUGAUCAAGGUAACAGGAUCACACCUUCAUGGGUGGCUUUCACAGACACCGAGCGGUUAAUCGGAGAAGCGGCGAAGAAUCAAGCUUCCCUUAACCCUGAACGAACCAUUUUCGAUGUCAAGCGACUUAUUGGUAGAAAGUUUGAUGACCCUGAUGUUCAAAGAGAUAUGAAGAUGUUGCCUUAUAAGGUAGUGAACAGAGAUGGGAAGCCUUAUAUUCAGGUGAAAGUUAAGGAUGGUGAAGUUAAAGUGUUUAGCCCUGAAGAAAUCAGUGCUAUGAUCUUGCAAAAGAUGAAGGAAACAGCUGAAUCUUUUCUUGGGAAAUCUGUCAAACAUGCAGUUGUCACUGUUCCAGCUUAUUUCAAUGAUGCCCAAAGGCAAGCCACUAAGGACGCAGGAGUAAUAGCCGGGUUGAACGUGGCUCGUAUCAUCAACGAGCCCACAGCAGCAGCAAUUGCUUAUGGGUUAGACAAAAAAGGAGGAGAGAUGAACAUCUUGGUGUAUGAUCUUGGUGGUGGAACUUUUGAUGUGAGCAUUUUGACAAUUGACAAUGGUGUGUUUGAGGUUCUUUCAACUAGUGGAGACACCCACUUGGGAGGUGAGGACUUUGACCACAGGAUCAUGGAUUAUUUCAUCAAGUUGAUCAAGAAGAAGCACAACAAGGACAUAACCAAGGAUAAGAAGGCGCUCGGAAAGUUGAGGAGGGAAUGUGAGAGGGCUAAGAGGGCACUCAGUAGCCAACACCAAGUUAGGAUUGAGAUUGAAGCUCUUGUUGAUGGGACUGAUUUCUCUGAGCCUUUGACUAGGGCGAGGUUUGAGGAGUUGAACAUGGACUUGUUUAAGAAGACAAUGAAUCCUGUCAAGAAGGCUAUGCAAGAUGCAGGGUUAAAGAAGACUGAAAUCAAAGAGAUUGUACUUGUUGGUGGAAGUACUAGGAUCCCUAAGAUUCAGCAGCUUUUGAAGGAUUUCUUUGAUGGUAAGGAGCCUAGCAAGGGUGUAAACCCCGAUGAGGCUGUCGCCUUCGGUGCUGCUGUUCAAGGUGGUGUUCUCAGUGGUGAAGGAGGUGAAGAAACUCAAGGUCUUCUUCUUCUGGAUGUGGCUCCUUUGAGUUUGGGUAUUGAGACUGUUGGUGGAGUGAUGACUAAAUUGAUCCCAAGGAAUACAGUCAUUCCAACUAAGAAAUCUCAAGUCUUCUCCACUUAUCAGGACCAGCAAAGCAUAGUUGAUAUUAAGGUGUUUGAAGGUGAAAGAACCUUGACUAAGGAUUGCCGUGAACUUGGCAGAUUCCAACUCUCUGGCAUUCCACCCGCUCCAAGGGGAGUACCACAAAUUGAGGUGACCUUUGAGGUGGAUGCCAAUGGUAUUCUCCAUGUAACAGCAGAGGACAAGGCAGCUAAGAACAAGCAAACCAUAACCAUAACCAACGACAAGGGCCGUCUAAGCCAAGAAGAAAUAGACCGAAUGGUCAAAGAGGCAGAGGAGUUUGCCGAGGAGGAUAAGAAGGUGAGAGACAAAGUGGACUCUAGGAACAAGCUUGAGUCGUAUAUCUACAGCAUGAGAAGCACCAUUGAUGAUAAAGAUAAGCUCGCUGAUAAGAUUGACUCUGACGACAAGGAGAAGAUUGACGCUGCCUUGAAAGAAGCUCUUGAGUGGCUAGAUGAUAACCAGAACGCUGAGAAGGAGGACUUUGAAGAGAAGAUGAAAGAAGUUGAAGCUGUUUGUAACCCUGUGAUCAAACAAGCUUAUGAGAAGAGUGGUGGAAAACCUGCUGGUGAUUCUGAAGAAGAGGAUCAUGAUGAAUUGUAGAUACAGUUAACUAAAUUCAGAGGCAUUUUCUUGAUCAAUUCCUUUAUGGUGUUAUUCUAGGAUUUUUGUUCUCCUAAAAGUUGGAUCUUUAGGAUCCAAUAUUGACAUAAUUUUGUUGUUGAUAUACGACACUGUUUGAUUCAGAUUAACAAAGUUCUUUCCCAUUGUUCUUGUUCCUUA